UUUAAUACGAUAAAAAACAGUUCUUAAAAUAUCCGUAUUUCGCGGAGACAACUGUGAAUUGAAAACAUGAGUGGAUUCGCGAAACUCUUCGGGAAAGGUAAGGGUUCGACUGGGAAAGGUCCCACACCUCAGGAAGCCAUUCAGAAGCUCAGAGACACAGAGACGAUCCUGGUGAGGAAACAGGAAUUCCUGGAAGAUAAAAUCCACAAGGAGCUGCUGACUGCUAAGAAGAAUGGGACCAAAAACAAGAGAGCGGCGCUCCAGGCCCUGAAGCGUAAGAAGGCACGCGAUGGCACGCUCAGUACCAUCGAGUACCAACGAGAGGCGCUGGAGAACACCUCCACCAACACUGAGGUGCUGAAGACCAUGUCCGAGGCAGCGCUGGCCAUGAAGCGAGCCCACAACGACAUGUGA